CUAGCGCCUGCCGGGAGGCCAAAAUGUGCCAGCCUCCACGCCAGCCGCCUCCGCCUCCACACCCGCCGCCUCCACGCCAGCCGCCUCCGCCUCCACAUCCGCCGCCUCCGCGCCAGCCGCCUCCGCCUCCACAUCCGCCGCCCGGUGCCACGCCCGCAGCGCCAGCGGCAGCGCCUCCCGCGGCGGCCAGCGCUGCAGCGGCGUCGCCGCGCGAGACGGAGCUCGCCAACGCCAGCCUGUGGUUCUAUCUCGACGACUCGGGCCAGCUGCAGGGCCCCUUCCCUGCGGCGACGCUGCGCGGCUGGCUGGUUGGCGGCUGGUUCCAGGCGACGACACGCGUUGCGCCGAGCUUCUACGGCGAGGUGCCCGCCGACGACGAGUUUGAGCCCGUCGCGAGCCUCUGGACAGACCCGGCGGCGGCAGCCUUUGUCACGGCGGAGGGCGUCGCGCCGGAGCCCGCGGCGGCGGCAGAGGGAGGCGGCGUCGGGCCGGACAGGGCCGCGGCGGCGCCAAAGGCGCGGCCGUCGCCGUACGACAAGGGUGGCGGGCGCGGCGGCGCUGCGGCCGGCCGCGGCGGCAAAGGAGGGAAGGGAGGGAAGGGCGACAGCGGCGGCGGCAAGGGCGGCGGCAAGGGCGGCAAGGGAGGGAAGGGCUUCGUCCCGCCUCACCUGCUCCGGUACCAGGCCUUCGCCUCGAUUGGCAAGGGCGGCUUCAUGGGCGGCGGCGCGAUGGGCCACCACGAGUACGGCGCGCCAAAGCACAAUGCCAAGGGGCCCAAGUGACGACCGCGCGCACGUCUGUCUGUGUCUGUGUCGUGUGUGCAUAUGUCGAAUCACGGUGCGGAAACGAGAGGGCCAAAAUACCACGGCUAUAUGGCAGCGUGUUUGACAGUCGUCCCGGCUCCGGCCAAGCCCCAAUCGGGUCCUUUCAUACCAGAUCUGGGCCGAGUGAAGCCUGAGUGAGUAGGC